UAUAGAUAGCACCAGGCGGCGAGAUUCGACCGGCGCCUCAGUACGUUCCAUCAAUCCUUGAAAGCUCCACGUUCUCGAAGCUUACUGCAAGUUUCUCAGCGCGCGAAAACGAGCCAGCGGAUCGGGUCGUGUUUGAAAAAUUGUAAUUGCGAUAUUGAGCGCUCUGUUCACUCCUUGUCUUUUUACCGAAAAGUCAGUGAAAUUGUCAACGAUAAUAAAGAGGAGUAACGAAUAUUAAUACAAUAUUCAAAAACCACGUGUCGUAUUUCAUUGUUCCAUAUUCUGUCAAAAUAUAUUUUUCUGAUGAAAUAAUUAAUGACAGCUAAAUGCCGUCGAUGCCUGUCACUCAUUAUUCUGGCUUCAUGGUGAAUUUGUAUUAGUUUUCACCGCCGGGCAAGAAAUUUUUUUUUUUUUUUAUUCAUUGGAGGAUAUAAACAGUGGCUUACUUAGAAAAGUAAAUCAAGUAUGGCAGUGGGAACUGAUCGAAACGAUAAUGGUGGGGGGAAAAAAGUUCUUCUGCCGGCCCGAUACCUGAUGGCUAUUACUGGGUCUAUGGGACUGGCCAUAGUUUACGGAUUCAAAGUAAACCUUAGUUUGGCCAUGGGGGCCAUGGUGAAUCAUACGUUCAUCGAAUCUCAGGAAAAUAAAACAAGUGAUGCUGAGAAACAUGUAUCUGUGUGCGUUCACGAAGGAGGCGGAGGCAACGCGACCAGAAUUGAUGGCCCCUUCCAAUGGGACAAAUCGACACAGGGUCUCAUUUUGGCAUCCUACUUUUUGGGCUACUUGGUGUCACAACUUCCAGGUGGUCGGGUGGCUGAACUCUUCUCGGCAAGAUGGGUGAUGAAUGGAUCGGUAAUGUUAAACGCCGUGGCGGCCAUUUUGUCACCGGUGGCGGCAAAUCUUCACUAUUCCGUUCUGAUAUUGAUGCGGAUUGCUCAAGGUCUUGGAGGGGGUGUCACCUUUCCAGCGAUGCAUGUCAUGAUUGCUAAAUGGGCACCGCCUAACGAGAGAAGCAUUUUAUCUUCAAUCGUUUAUGCAGGCACAUCACUAGGCACAGUAAUCUCAACAGCACUGUCUGGUGUACUUGCUGACCAACUUGGUUGGGAAUCGGUAUUUUACGUGGAAGGAGCUUUAUCCUUAAUCUGGUGCUUCGGCUGGGCAUUUUUAGUGCAAGAUUCUCCGCAACAGCAAACGAGGUUUAUUACACGGGAAGAAAAAGAACUCAUUGCGAACUCGCUGGGAAAAAGUCAAAGCAACACAGAAAAUACCCCGAAACCACCGGUACCCGUGAUGAAGAUUUUGAUGUCGCCACCAUUUUGGGCUAUUUUAAUUGCACACGUUUGUAGUAACUUCGGGUGGUACAUGCUAUUGAUCGAAUUACCGAUCUUCAUGAGCGAUAUUCUGCAAUUCAAAAUGAGUGAGAACGGUCUUCUUACCGCAAUGCCAUACCUGUGCAUGUGGCUCUUCACAAUGGUUCUGAGUAAAAUUCUGACAAUUAUGCAGGGCAAGAAAUGGAUCUCAGCUACUGUCUCGAGAAAAAUUGCCACUCUAAUUGCAUCAUUCAUUCCGAUGGUGUGUUUGAUCUGCGUAUCUUACGUUGGAUGCAAUCGAGGCUUGGCAGUGUUCUACUUAACCGUCGGGGUAACAUGUAUAGGUGGAAUGUUUUGUGGUUUUCUUUCGAACCACGUUGACAUUGCGCCAAACUUUGCGGGAACUUUGGUAGCAAUCACAAAUACCUUCGCUACAAUACCAGGACUCAUUGUUCCGGUAUUUGUAGGGCAUGUGACUAAUGGAAAUAAUACCAUCGAAGCUUGGCGCAUCGUUUUCUUCGUUACUGUAGCCCUGUACAUUGUAGAAAUAUUGGCUUACACGAUCUUUGGAACGGCUGUAGAGCAGUCAUGGAAUAAGAUCGGUACCAGCACACAUAAGCCAGAGGAUCACGCAGCUGUUCCUCUGAAACAACAAGACAAACUUUAAAUGGUAUAAUUUAUUUAGAAGAAUUGAUGUGGCAAAAUUGGGAUUCAAAGUGUGGGCGUAGCUAAAGCAAGAUGGCAUCGCACUUGGCGACCAGCUGAUCGUUUCAGCCUCGGUUUUACUUAAACUACACGAAUAUAGAACAACAAGAUACUCCGUGAAAGCAGUUACAGUUUUAUUUCAUUGCAGUAAGUUUGUAAAGACUGAAUUAUAUGUUAAGCCCCGGCUUUUAUAAUUAAAUACGACCUGGUUAACCUUUGUAGUACAUUUUCUACGGCAAGAUGACGUCCGAUAUUUUGUAUCCCAAUAGCUAAAUGAUGUGUAGCUUAAGUACUGAGUUUUGCUUUAAUUGUCUUCUUAAUGCCUUACGCACAGUUCUUUAUGACAACUUCAGUUACUUUUCCGUACUUUGGAAUUCAUUGAAUUUAAUCAAAUUGGAUGGAAUAAUUUCUGUUUCAAGAAAUCGACCAUUUUCUAUUUCGUCUUCCUUUUUUAAACGGAAUCAUAAAUGAUUUGCUGAAUUUCUAUCAAAAAAGCUGUAGUGUACUUUUAAAAGUUUUGUUACAUUUUCGAAACGAAAGAAACGCGUUAUUUUUCGAAUGGCUCAGCGCAACAGGUAAGGCAUUAGGAGAAGAGAAUAUUUUUAUAAAUGGUAAAUUUAACUAUUACUCAUGAAUCAUUGUUAUUGUAAAUGAAUGUCCAUUUGUGAGCGAAUUUAUGUUAAUACCUAGCUUAAAUCUUGGUCCCCACCCUGCGUUCUCGAAAUUUGUCUGUAGGAUAGCAAACUAUUUGUGCAGCAAAUAAUUCAGUUGUUCAUUUGUAAAUGAUUAUUUAAAUUCUCAAGUUGCAUCGACACAUUGCAUCGACACGUAACUUGAAGAUUUCUUAAAUGAUAUUUUCAUAUUGGUCAGGUUUUCAAAUUAUAGCCGAUAAUUUCUAUGUGUAAAAUGCUUGUAUCAAAUGUGAAAAAAUACUAAUACUAUUCAUUAAUCAUAAGUUCAAUGAUUUAUUUAUUCAUCAAUCAUAUCGAGCAUUAAGGUUACAUUUUUCACUGUACAUUCAACUGAUUCAUAGAAAAUUAACGUGAGAUUAACAAAAUAUUAACAAUAUUUCCCACUUAUAAAACGAAAAAUAUUACGAGACUGGGAAUAGAAAUUCAAAUGUUAUAUCUUUGGUCUAUUGACAAUUGAACAACCAAGAUGUUCAAAUAAUGUAUAAAGUAUAUAAGAAAGACAUAAUUCUCAUACACAAAAUAUUUUCGAUACCGCAGACUUUGUACAUUACAUGUUAAGUUAUUUAAUUAAUAAUUUGUGCCAAAUUAAAAAUGCCCGGAGAAUUUCAUUGCAACACAAUUUUUUUUUAAAUCAGUGUCAUAUUUGUAUAGUUUGUCACUUUACUUCAAUACAAAACCUUUCGAAUUCUUCCCACAGACAUGAAUCCUCCAGAUUAUACACGAUCAGAUAAAUCUAGCAUGUUUAAGUAACAAAUUUACUUGAAAAUCAAUGAUGUUCCUAUAAAAAUAGUAAGUCGUGCAGGGUGGAGGUAAAUUUUUGGACUUCUUUAUUGUAGGCUGGUAAAUGUGAAUUCAAUUGAAAUAUUUUACAAUGAAGCUCGAAAUUAGAUGUAAGUAAAUGUAGGAUGUAAUGUAAACAUGCAUUUAUCCCAUGAUGUGACGUAAAGGUAGAAACAGAUAUAUGUAAAUCCGUAGACGAAUGCAAAUAUCAGAUUCAAGUAACCUAUUUUCAACACUUUGCAUCUCGGAUAAUUGUCAAUAUUUUCGUGGAUGUUUCAACUUUGUAAAAUUUAUAUACUUA